CAAAACUUUAAAAAAACUUUUUCGACUUUACGAAAUUAUUUUGUGAGUGAAAUGUUUGAAAUUAUUUGGAAUUUUUGUCACUUUAUAAAAUGAGUAGAAGAUUUCUCAACCCUCGGUUUGAACAGCUUAAAGGAAUUAUAAGUAAACAUUGAGCAGAGAAAAUGAAUGCAACAACUGACAUUAUGGAGGCGUACUGCGUGCCCGGGGGGCGAGAGUUCCAGCGAGUCUAUAUCAAGGUGCACGGCUAUAUCGCGCUAAUUAUCUGCCUCCUCGGCUCUGCGGCAAACUCUGUCAAUAUCGCUGUGCUAAGUCGAAAGGAAAUGAUCUCGUCGACUAACUCCAUCUUGACUGCUCUCGCCGUGGCCGACCUCCUUGUGAUGCUCGAUUACAUACCUCUGGCUCUGCACAUCUACACCACCAUCGGCUCGGAACUCCAUCGAAACUCAUACGGAUGGGCUGUCUUUGUAUACUUUCAUUCCAUAUUCAGUCAAACUUUUCAUACUAUUUCAAUAUGGUUAACCAUUACUCUUGCAAUAUGGCGAUACAUCGCUAUCAAGUUUCCGCAGAAAAACAGACUCCUUUGUAACAAACGUAACACCAAUCUGGCCAUUGCUGUGGCAUACGUCGUUUGUCCCAUAAUUUGUCUUCCUAUUUACUUCGCUAUGGAUAUACAAAAAAUACCAAACAAGAGUAACAAUGAGACCAGUACGAUUGAACCAAACGAGACUUCGAAGAACAACUCACAAGAUUUGGAUAUAAAGUAUGCAAUAACAAUGACAAAUAAUGAGGAUUUGUUGACUGCGAUAUUCUGGAUAUAUAGCGUUUUCAUCAAACUUAUCCCCUGUAUAGUAUUGUCAAUUUUAAGCGUUUGUCUAAUCCUUAAAAUGAAAUCCAGCGACCGAAGGAGACAAAAAUUAUUGAAAAAAUCAGCGCUUUUAACUAACGAGGGUGAAAAAGCUCGAUUAAAAGAGGACUCCGGUGGUGGUAAACGCGCUGCCAGUGGUGGAGGACGAACGGAUCGUACAACGCGGAUGCUUGUCGCUCUGCUGGGGUUGUUUUUAGCUACUGAGUUGCCUCAAGCAUUGUUUGGCCUCCUUACCGCAAUUGCACCGCAUCUUUUCCAAGAAUGUUACUACUCAUUUGGUGAGGUGAUGGACCUCAUGGCGCUGGUGGGGUCCGCCGUGAACUUCGUGCUGUACUGCAGCAUGAGUAGGCAGUUCCGUAACACAUUCAGACGGCUAGCGCGCAAGUUGUUACCGUUGCAACGUAGGACUUCGGAACUGGGAACUGUGAGGAAGGCGUAGCAAUCACAGUCCGGCCCUGCCACUUCUGUCACAUACCUAUGAACUGUUUUAAC